UAGGAAACGAUUCUAGUUUGAAUCUUAGGCGGUGUUUAUAGCUUUGUCGCAGGUGAGUGAGAUUUCCCCGUUUUAGUCAGAGGACGAAAAUACUGCUCGAUAAUAAUAAUAAAAAAAAUGUCUGUUUAAUCCCGAAGUAGUUAUACGUUUAAAGACGGAAUCCGGUGGUUUCUGUUCGUUUAACAGCGACCGUUCUAUCGUAUCGGGAGAAAGCUUGUUAGCCCAAACGCAGGUACGCCUGUACACUUUUGUCCUCCCUUACUACAAGAAGAAGAAGAAGCAGAAAUGGACACGAAUCUGUCCAGACUUUUAGUUGGGCUCUCCGUUCAGAUCAGUCGCAGUGAUGGUCGAAUCCACUCGGCCAUCGUUAAAUCCGUUGAUAGCUCCAAGUCUACGGUUAUGGUGGAGUGGCAGGAGAGGAAAAUGUGCCGUGGGAAGGGGGUUGACAUCGAGGAGCUGUGUCAUCUAAAUCCAGAACUUUUGGACCAUGUGAACGCUGCCACCAAAUCUGAUGAGACGCCCACUCCUGCUCCUGACAAGAAGUAUGCUACUCGCCUGCGCUCCUCCCGGAUCCCGGCUCCUUCCUCCUCCUCUGUUCCAGCGGAGCAAAAUGACAAGGUUCCAGUUGCCUUUCGGUCUCGGCAGACGACCUUGUUCCAGCCUCCAGCUCCCGUGUUGCCAUCCGUUUCAACCGUGGAGUCUUCUCCGGAAAACCCAGAGACGAUCUGUCCUGAAACAAACCUGUCAGCAAGCUCUGCGGCUCCAUUUCAGGUGCAGAGGGGAAUUGAAAGCAAGCCGCCACAGCCGCUGCCUUCCCUCCGCGAGUCGGUCAAAGAGAAUGAACCUGAGAGAAUGCCUUCAGCCAAAGGCAGAAGAAAAUCGGUGGCUCAGGAAGCAAGCAAAGGCAACAAGAGGGUUUCUAGUGUCAGGCCCUUUGACUUGCAGCCCAAGAAGGGGAAGUUUGGAGAGUCGUCUCGACCAAAUCAGAAGUUCUAUGAGAUGAUCCAGGACUUUCGAGAAACCUUGGAAAUAACGCCGUUAGAAGCCACUGGCCUGAUCGAGUCUCAAAGGAUAUGCGUCUGUGUUCGCAAACGGCCUCUAAACAAGCAAGAGAUGAGCAAGAAGGAGAUUGAUGUGGUGUCUGUACCUGGCAGAGGAACCGUACUGGUCCAUGAACCAAAGCUUAAAGUGGACCUAACCAAGUACUUGGAAAACCAGGUCUUCCACUUUGACUACUCCUUUGAUGAAAAUGCCACCAACGAGCUGGUCUACAAGUUCACAGCCAAACCUUUGGUGCAGUCCAUCUUUCAGGGUUGUAUGGCAACUUGUUUUGCUUACGGCCAGACGGGAAGCGGGAAGACCCACACAAUGGGAGGCGAUUUCACCGGGAAGCAACAGAACAGCGCUAAAGGAAUCUACGCUUUGGCAGCCCAAGAUGUUUUCACCUAUCUCAACCACAGGAGGUAUGCCAAUCUGGAUCUGUGCGUCUACGUCAGCUUCUUUGAGAUCUAUAACGGCAAAGUGUAUGACCUGCUGAACAAGAAGGGCAAGCUGCGUGUCUUGGAGGACGACCGGCAGCAGGUUCAGGUGGUGGGGCUGGAGGAGGUCAGUGUGUCCUCCGCAGAGGACGUCAUCAAGCUCAUACGGAUGGGGAGUGCGUGCAGGACAUCAGGGCAGACCUCAGCCAACGCCAACUCCUCUCGCUCCCACGCCAUCCUCCAGAUUGUGCUGCGGCGCAGUGACCGCGCGUCCACGCUGCACGGCAAAUUCUCAUUGGUGGAUCUGGCAGGCAACGAGCGCGGCACGGACGUCAGCAGCAACGACCGCAGCACGUUGGUGGAGACGGCGGAGAUCAACCAGAGCCUGUUGGCUCUUAAGGAGUGUAUUCGUUCUCUGGGCAGGAACAGUGAUCACAUUCCUUUUCGGAUGAGUACUCUGACCAAAGUGCUCCGGGAUUCCUUCAUUGGAGAAAAGUCCAAAACCUGCAUGAUUGCCAUGGUGUCUCCAAGCAUGACCUCUUGUGAAUAUACAAUGAAUACCCUUCGUUACGCAGACAGAGUGAAGGAGCUGAAUGCCAGUUCCAAAGCCGCUGAAGCGCAGAAGAAAAAUGAGCCAAUAAAUAGUUCCUCAGAAGAGGAUAGUACUGUGGAUACCAGCGUGAUUGAUGUUAUAUCUCAGGUGGCAGAGUUGGAAGAAAAAGUCUAUGGAGAGCUAAAGAGGGCAAAUGAACUUGUUGUUGAAAUGGACAAAAUCUCGUACAAUAUUGAGGACGGGCUUCCAGAUCUGGUGGAUUUUUCCAGGAAGUUACUGGACUCAGUUCUGGCUCUGCAGUCUUCUGUGGAAACGGAGCGCAAGAUGAGGCUAAACCACUAAAACUUCCAAAAGCUCCCUAGAGGGACAAACUGUGUUUUUAGGUGUUGUUUGUUUUAUUGUAUCGUAAUACAUUCUUUGUUAAAUAAAAUGUAACACUAUUUUUUUUUUUUUAAAGAAUUUAAUGGAAUGGUGUUAGAAAAUGCAACAUUGACACUUUUUUUCUGAUCUAUGGCAUGGUUCAUUACUGUUAUUAAAGUUACUAAAUUUAUCAUC